AGUUUUGUGCACGUCACGAUGACGUCGCACAGGAGGAAAAAAGCUCUCCAGCUCAGAACAGCUGAAUGAAUUUAAGUUUUUUUGGAUUCAUCUCAGUUUAUUUUCUUUUAUUUAAUCAUUAGUGAAUGUAUAGUUAAAGUCCCGAUACAAACUCCAUUCCAGUUGGUGGCGGUAAUGCACCAUAACGUUGAUUGCCAACCGCUAUAAAACUUUACGAAGAAGAAGAACAGCUUGGAACGAUACCAGCGAGUGAAAUCUAAUUUUGUUUCUUGGUGCCUCGUGAAAUCUGAUUUAAAAAUUAAAUUAGAUUAUUCUCUAUUCUGGGGAGUCCAGUCUAAACAUAGACCACUUGCUCACAGUGUUUUUUUAUGGUCGAGUACGCUGUUAAACCAGUUUGCAGCAUCUGCUAACAGCAGCUAGGCUAGCUGAGCGAGCUAACCCGGCAGGCUGACUACGGUCAGGUAGCCGGGUAUGAGACAGCUUUGAAGGUGGGCCGUCAGCGUUAAUGAUUUGUGGAACAGAUGAUUGCGCAAUGAAAGAAGACAGGCGACGGAUACCUCAAGUAUUUGGCAGUUAAGGAAACCAACGUUUGCAUCAAGUUAACGGCCAGGUUAAUACUUCAACAACAGUAGCUAGCCGUCACGUUAGCGUUAGGCGACUCAACCCAGGUGCUUCAAGAAGCAGUCCGAGGCGCUUGGGAACCAAUACAAGAGAUGGCCAGUAAUCCCGUGACAGGCUUUACCUACCAGGCUAACGGAGAAAACACCCCGGGGCGAGUGGCCGGUUCUGGCCGCUCAUGUCGCCACCAGUCCGAGUCAGAGUCCGAUGUUGGUUCGACUGUCAAAACCUUAGCACGGCUGUGCAGCAGGGACGAGGACGAGCGAGCAGCGGCUCUGGAGGAGCUGAGCCAAGGGGUUCUGCUGUGUUUAGGACUGGACCGGCCGGGUUUGGCACUGCUGAGUAAACAAACACUCCUGCAUCUGCUUCGGCUGUCCCGGUCGUGUCCGCUGCAGGAGGUACGGGGGAGAGCAACUGAGCUGCUGCGAACCGCACAGGAACAAGGAGUUGAAGUCCCCCGGGCUCUGGCCUCAGGUCCAAGUGCCUUUAUCCAUGCAAAAGAGAUGUUGAAAGAAGGGCCGGACCAGGACGUCCUUAUCGAAUCUUUUCUUUCAUUGGGUCGCGUAGACCACAUCACCAUGGUGAUGGCACUGCACCCUGCCUACCUCAGCUGCUUCCUGAGGACCCAGCAUGCUUUGUUGGAGCUGGAUGGCCCCUUGCCCCGUCACUGGAGACAUUACAUUGCUGUUACGGCUGCGGCUCGACACCACUGCACGUACCUGGUGCAGCAGCACAGCGCAGGCUUCCUAGAGGCUGGAGGGGAGGAGAGCUGGCUGAGUGGCCUCGAGCACGCUCCCACCAAACUCCGCAGCCUGCAAACACUCAACAGGCUGCUGGCACACAGGCCCUGGCUCAUCACACAGCAGCACAUCCAGGAGCUGGUUUGUCCCAGAGCAGAGCCUCGCUGGUCAUUGGCUGAACUCAUACAUGCUGUGGUCCUGAUGGCACAUGCUCACUCACUCUGCUCUUUAGUGUGGGGCUGCGGCUUAAACCCUGAACCUGACCACAUUGGAGGUUAUACCUUCCAAUCUCCAUCACCCAGUCACCAUCCUCGUAGCCCUCACAGCCCUGCUCAUGAGGACGGCAGGCAAGAGUUGGUUGACGGAGCGAUGGAGGUGGAGGUGUUGAUGAAGAGGAUGGUGGAGCUGCAGCAGCAACAGGAGGAGGAGUGUACACAGGAGGAGAUGGUUACUCGCUUUGAGAGGGAGAGGAGCGAGAGCAUACCAACAGCGGUGGUGCGGGGAACACCGCCUGAUCUGGUGCUGUGCCUGGUGGAGGAUCCAGAGUUCAGAUACGAGGACUUUUCCCCCAGAGGAGAGCAGGCACCACCCACCAUGAGAGCCCAGGACUAUUCAUGGGAGGACCACGGCUUCUCUCUGGUCAACAGACUACUGCCAGACAUGGGCCAGCUCCUGGAUGAAAAAUUCCAGGUUGUGAGCAACUUGACCUAUCACAGGAUGGCCAUGCAUGAAGGUGUAGACACUCACACUCUGAGGAAAGCUCUGUGGAACUACAUCCACUGUCUGUACGGGAUACGCUACGAUGAUUACGACUACGGCAGCGUGAACGUGCUGUUGGAGCGCUCUCUGAAGGUGUUUGUUAAAACCAUGGCCUGUCACCCCGAGCAGACCACGGCUCGCAUUUACCACGCCUUCUGGAGACACUUCAGACACUCUGAAAAGGUUCAUGCAAACCUAAUAGUGAUGGAAGCCCGGCUACAAGCAGCCCUUCUUUAUAUCUUACGGGCCAUCACACACUACAUGAGAUGACACACUCACUCACACAUGUUUUGCAGAUGCUGAGCCAGCUGUGACGUACCACAGCCCAAUGCAAUAAACAUGGAUUGACAAUCCUGCACACACACACUACAUUGAAUGUUUGUAUAUGCAUAUAUUAUGUUUCAGUGUUAAUGUUUUGAUGCUGCUUUGCGACUGCAAUAUCUGAUAUUUAAAUUGUUACUUAUUUUGCACUGAAAUUUAUCAGGUUUUGUUUCCCCACUUGAGCCUCAAGUGUUGUUCUAAAUAUCUUGCACAAGUUUCUGUCUCUCUCUCACACACACACACACACACACACACACACACAUAUAUCUAAAUGCUACAUGCCAGGUAUGCAUGUGGAAUUAGCUCUGGUAUAACUGUGAUUCAAGUGUUUUCUUUGCAGAAGUUUUGUUGUUUAUUUGACUUGUCUGUUCAGGCCAAUAUCUGACACCUACAGACAGGCACUCUUCACCACAUCAUGACUACUCUUAGUCCUCUGUGUCUGCAGCACACAAAGGCUGAGAUUAAAAAAAAAAGUCACAAUAACUUGUAUUUUUAUAUACAAUAAAAAAAUUACUUCGUUAUCAAAAUUAAAA